AAACACCCACAACAACCUCUGUCAUCUUCUUCUCUUAAGAUCUUCUUUGUUUUUGCUUCUGCUACUUCUUUGUUAGUCUCAUGGCAAUUCCAGUGAUCGACUUUUCGAAGCUUGAUGGAGAGGAGAGGGCUAAGACAAUGGCUCAGAUUGCAAAUGGGUGUGAGGAAUGGGGAUUCUUCCAGCUGGUGAACCAUGGGAUCCCAGAGGAGCUCUUGGAGAGAGUCAAGAAGGUGUGCUCCGACUGCUACCAGCUGGAAAGAGAAGAAGGUUUCAAGAACUCAAUGCCUGUGAAGAAGUUGAAUGACUUGGUGGAAGCAAAUAGCAAUGAGAACUUGGAGAAUUUGGAUUGGGAAGAUGUUUUCGCUCUUCAAGACGACAACGAGUGGCCAUCCCAACCUCUGGAAUUCAAGGAAACCAUGGCUGAAUAUCGAUGUGAAUUGAAGAAAUUGGCUGAGAAAGUGAUGGAGGUAAUGGAUGAGAACCUGGGGUUACACAAGGGAUACAUUAAGAAGGCAUUCAAUGGUGAAGAUCAGGCCUUCUUUGGCACCAAGGUGAGCCACUAUCCACCUUGUCCUCACCCUGAGCUACUGAAUGGGCUCCGUGCCCACACCGACGCUGGGGGUGUAAUCCUACUCUUCCAGGAUGACAAGGUGAAAGGCCUCCAAAUCCUCAAGGAUGGAGAAUGGAUUGAUGUCCAACCAUUACCGAAUGCCAUUGUCAUAAACACAGGAGAUCAGAUCGAGGUCCUGAGCAAUGGACGAUAUAAGAGUGUCUGGCACCGUAUAUUGGUCACACCAGAUGGCAACAGAAGAUCCAUAGCAUCCUUCUACAACCCAUCUCUCAAGGCGACCAUAGCUCCUGCACCUGAACUAAUGAAACCAGUGAAAGAAGAAGUUCCCCAAGCUUAUCCGAAGUUUGUGUUCGGUGAUUAUAUGUCUGUUUAUGCUAAGCAGAAGUUCCUUCCUAAAGAACCAAGGUUCCAUGCUGUUGGGGCCAUGUAAGACAGAGAACAACUUAAUUUGAUAUAAUGACUUAAAUGCUGUCUGUAACUUGAGGGUUUAGUGAUAAAAGUUGUAACUGUAGGGCAUAAACCCGCCGGCUUUCCUUCUCUAACCUUGUGUUGGAGGAAGUUCAAGGGGUAAAAUUGUGUUGUUUGCGUCAGCUGCUUGCUUUUCCCUCUAGGGAAUGUUGGAUUUCCAAUUGUACUUGCCCAAGUUGCUUUGUACAUUUUUAGCAUAUAUAAAAUGCACUUUUCACUAGUAUCA